AUGGAGUCUACUCAAGAAUCUGUUAUCAAGGUGAUGAAUCAAGACUUUGUCAAGUUGGAUCGCUUGGAUGGAACCAGAACCAAUUUUAGUAGGUGGAAGGAUAAGAUGAUCUUCUUCUCGACAGUCAUGAAGGUGGCAUGCGUGCUGAACUCGGAUCUUUCAGAAAUUAUUCCUCCAAUAGAUAACGAUUCAGAGGAUUUGAAAAAACAAAAGGAAAAACAUGAAGAAGAUGAAGUGGUGUGUAGAGGUUACAUUCUCAAUACUUUGUCAGAUAGUCUCUAUGAUUUAUUCGCAACCGUCAAGUCACCAAAGGAGAUUUGGACUACCUUUGAGCAUCAACAUGUCAACCAAAAGCAAGGCUCAGAUAAGUUUCUUAUCAAAAAAUACUUUGACUUCAAAUUUAUAAACAAUUCUCCACUUCUUGAUCAAAUUCACAAUUUGCAAGUGAUUGUUUCAAAACUCAAAGAUUUAAAUGUUGAAAUUUUAGAAGCAUUUCAAGUGGGGGCUAUUAUUGUCAAGUUGCCUCCUAGUUGGAAUGACUAUCAAAAGAAAUUGCUCCAUACUUCUGAAAUUUUGACUUUAGAUGGUGUUUUGAAACAUCUAAAUAUUGAAGAAGAUGCUAGAAAUCUUCAAAAGAAAGAUGUGAAUGGUGAAUCUAAAGUGAAAGUGGAGGAUGACUCUAAGGUGAAUUUUGUGAACGAAAGAAAGUGUUCCAAUUUCAAAAGGAAGAAAUAUGAUAAUACUAAUUCUAAGGACAAUAAGAAGAAGAUAGAAAUUGAUAUAAUUGUGGCAAGAAAGGCCAUUACAAAUUUGAAUGCAGAUAUGACAAGAAACAAAAGACUUGUGGUGUUUCAAAUGCAAAUCUUGUUGACAAAAUUUCAGAAAUCGUUGCUAUGA